AUGGCAGAGACACCCGCCGCACCCGCCGCGCCUGCGCCGGCGGCUGCAGCUGCUGGGGUCGGCGGGCCUGCGAUUGCGAUCGGGAACAUUCGCGGCCUCGGAAGGAACGACAUGGGUCUCUUCAAGAUGAGCGGCGACUUGCUGGGCUGGAAGAACCGAAAGACGGGCAGCGUGCAUCAGUACAAGGCCGCAGACAUCGUCAGCGCCUCGUGGAUCAUGACAGGCCUGGACGCGUAUCAGCUGCGCAUUCUCUUCGGACCGCACAAGAACGAUCUCAUCGUCCGCUUCGACGGAUUUCACGAGAAAAAUUUCGCAGACCUCAGCCGGCACUUCGAGACGCACUUCAAAGUGCAGCUGCAGCGAGGCCUCCAGGCGCACCGCGGCUGGCACUGGGGCGACGUCAAAAUGGAAGGAAAUAAUCUUCAGCUGUCGGUGAACGGCUGCCCAGCGUUUGACAUUCACGCGCAAGAAAUUGCGCAGGUGACGACCCCCUCUAAGAACGACUUGGCGAUUGAGUUGAUCCAGGACGACACUCGGGAUCAGUCUGAAGAUCAGCUGCUGGAAGUGCGCUUCUACCAGCCGUUCGCGGGCGACGAAGACGCCGAAGGCCCGCUGCAGCAGUUGAAGCAGAAACUCGUGAAGAAGAGCGGCGUCGCAGAGACGAAGAUGGACUGCGUGGCGCUCCUGAACGACGUGCCGCUCCUCGUGCCCCGCGGCCGCUACGAGAUCGACAUCGGCCGACGCGCGCUCAAGUUCCACGGCAAGUCCUACGAUUACACGAUUCAGUACACAAGCAUCAACAGGAUGUUUCUGGUUCCGCGGCCGAACUCGCCUCACGUGAAUUUCAUUCUUUCGCUGGAGAACGCGAUGCGACAGGGCCAGACCUCGUAUCCCUUCGUCGUGAUGCAGUUCGACAGCGAGAGCGUGCAAAGCGUGGAGGUCAACCUGGAGCCCGCGGAGCUGCAGCAGCGCGGCCUCGAAAAAAUGAUAGAGGGCAAGACGUUCGACGUGGUGACGCGGCUAUUCCGCGCGCUCGUAGGGAAAAGCGUCAUCGUCCCCGGAGACUUCAAGAGCGUGAAACAGCAAUUCGGCAUCACUUGCAGCUACCGCGCGCAGUCUGGGCACCUCUAUCCUCUGAACCGCUCUUUUCUCUUCAUCGUCAAGCCCGUCAUCUUCAUCCGCUACGACGACGUUGUCAGCGUCGAGUUCAGCCGGACGGGCGCGAGCACAACGAAUCGCUUUUUCGCGUUUACUGUCUCUGUGCGCGGCGGUGGCGAGUACGAAUUCACUUCGAUCGACAGAAACGAGUACAAACCCCUUGUGGACUUCUUGAUGGCGAAGGGCAUCCGCAUCAAGAACAUGGAGACGCCUGAGCCCUCGCGCGGCGCCCUCGAGGCCGACCUUCCCUCUGAUGACGAGGACGACGACGACUACGACGCCGGCGGCGCAUCAGAUUCGGAAGACGAAGACUUCCACGACGACGAUGAUGACGAGGACGAAGGAAGCGAGUCGCAGUCCGACGAAGAGGAAGACGAGGAGAGCGAAGAGGAAAAGGAGUCGAAGAAGAGGAAGAAGAAAGAAAAGAAAUCGAAGAAGGAUAAGAAGAGGAAGAAGGACAAGGAGUGA